GAGCAGUUCUUUGGCUAGCUGGGGACAAAGAAAGAUCCAGCAUCCUCUGAGAAGGUACUGAAGACUACUGUCUGGAUCUGAGCAGAUAACAGUUUAUGAUGGAGCCUUCGCCUCUUGAGCUUCCAGUUGAUGCAGUGCGGCGCAUCGCGGCUGAACUCAAUUGUGACCCAACAGAUGAGAGGGUUGCUCUCCGCUUGGAUGAGGAAGAUAAACUGAGUCAUUUUAGGAACUGUUUUUAUAUUCCCAAAAUGCGGGACCUGCCUUCAAUUGAUCUAUCUUUAGUGAGUGAGGAUGAUGAUGCCAUCUAUUUCCUGGGAAAUUCCCUUGGCCUUCAACCGAAAAUGGUUAGGACAUACCUGGAGGAAGAACUAGAUAAGUGGGCCAAGAUGGGAGCCUAUGGCCAUGAUGUAGGCAAACGCCCUUGGAUUGUAGGGGAUGAGAGUAUUGUAAGCCUUAUGAAGGACAUUGUAGGAGCCCAUGAGAAAGAAAUAGCUCUAAUGAAUGCUUUGACUAUUAAUUUACAUCUCCUGCUGUUAUCAUUCUUUAAGCCUACUCCAAAGCGGCACAAAAUUCUUCUAGAAGCCAAAGCCUUCCCUUCUGAUCAUUAUGCUAUUGAGUCACAGAUUCAACUUCACGGACUUGAUGUUGAGAAAAGUAUGCGGAUGGUAAAGCCACGAGAGGGGGAAGAGACCUUAAGGAUGGAGGACAUACUGGAAGUAAUCGAGGAGGAAGGAGACUCGAUCGCCGUGAUCCUGUUCAGUGGGCUGCACUUUUAUACUGGACAGCUGUUCAACAUUCCUGCCAUAACAAAAGCUGGACAUGCAAAGGGCUGUUUUGUUGGCUUUGACCUAGCACAUGCAGUUGGAAAUGUUGAACUCCGCUUACAUGACUGGGGUGUUGACUUUGCCUGCUGGUGUUCCUAUAAGUAUUUAAAUUCAGGAGCUGGAGGUCUGGCUGGUGCCUUUGUCCACGAGAAACAUGCUCAUACUGUCAAGCCUGCGAUGGACGACCUGCAGUGUGAUAUCAAGCUGAAAGGCAACCUGUUUGCAUAUGGACAGAGGAGAAAGUAAUUCAUAGAUGCUUCAGGCCAUGCCAGGAGUUAAGCUCUGACCUGCCAGCAGAGGUGGGCUGCACGUGAUUUCUCUUGCAGCACACGAGGAACAGGAAAGACUUAGUAUGCUUCGUUCUGUGGAAUCCGUAAAUCACAGUUUCUUGCUGGUGUGCAAUGUCAACAAUAUUUCCACACAUCCAAUGUACUUCCCCUAAAGGAAAUAAUGUCAGCCUCUGUUGCAUACACAAGUUUUCUGAGGAAAAAAUAAUUUUAUGUAUCCUAAGGCACUAAAUGUUGCCACUUAGUUUUAUUAUAUGUCACCAAUUCAUAGAAAGUUACAUAAAUAUAUUCAAAACUUUAGGAAGAAUAACAUUGGGUGGCAUUUCUAAAACUGUCAUUAAGACAUUCUCUCAUCCUUCCUGGAUGGGUGCAGAGCUGACUCCCAGUGAACAUGUAGCAUUUUUUCCAAUUGAAGUAUUUUUCUCAACCACAAAUGGUAACCCCAAAGUUUAUGGUUUCUGACAUUCUAGGGCAUCAAAUCAUUUUUGGCUGUCACCAGGUUCAGUGGACAUUUGAAGAAUUGACUAAAUUUCUAUUGUCUAAAUUCUCUCUCCCACUGACCUUAUUGUGCACUCUUUACAUCUCUCAUUCUUCCUUCUCUUCCCUUCCUUCCUUCCUUCCUUCCUUCCUUCCUUCCUUCCUUUCUUUUAUAGAUUUUCAAGGGAGAUUGUGUAACCCAGGCUGGUUUGGAAGUCAGAGUAUUCUGCCUCAGUCUCUGAACACCUCAGUUAUGACAGGUGUGUCAACCAUACUGAAAAGGGAGUCCCUUCUUUUGAUGCUUAUUUUAUAUUUGUAUAUGCCAUGGUUCAAUGUUUUUGAAAGAUUAUAUUUUGAUGUACUGCUUUUUAGCUAGUCAGCCUGGCAUAUGGAUGGGCUUAAAUCAGGCUUAACCAGCCAAGCUGCAUUACAGAAGACUGGCUUUUCCUUCUCUGUUUGUUGUUCAUUUCUUCAUAUUCUUAAAGCUUCUCUCAAUGUGAUGUCAGAAUGACUGACUCCAGGGCUUCCCGUUUCUAGGCUUAAUUCCCUCCUCCAAACCCCGGAUCAUGAGUUAAUUUGUGUUAGGGACUUUGAGCUCUGUAGGCGAGGGGUGUUGUAGACUUGCACAAGAGCCUCAUGAUCUCUGCUUGUUUGUGAUUCAAAGCUUAGUGCUUUGCUAGAAGUUUCACGUUGUGCUCUGCAGUGUGUUUUCCUUCUCUGUAUAUCUGCAAAUCAAAGAGCAUCCCUGGGAAAAUGUUAGAGGAAGAUUGAAAAUGUCAAAAUACGACAUUCAACUAGACUGGUUCCAUAAACAGUAGUGAUGCUCAGUAAAGCUAUUUUGAAAUGAAAGGAUAUUUCCCUGUGAAUAACAAUUAUCAUGCAGAUAUCACAUAUAAAUUGAAUUUUGGGGUAUAUAUGCUGAUUCUUUUACCAAUUAAUAAUUGUAUUUCCAUUGUUAGGUCUCAGGUUUCAGUUGUUUAAUUGUGUUUAAUAAAAUUUCUAAUUCCUAUACCUUCUCUAUCUUUAUAGAACUUCAGAGGGAGUUGGCUUUUGUUGUCUCUGUUAAAUUAUUCAUUAUCAUAUGAACAACCUCAACUCAAAUGCAAAAAUCUAAAGGCUACAUUGACAAAAUUGGCAGUAAGCUUUGUUGCUUGAAAAGGCUGACAUCUAGUGGUUAAAGAUGUUAUUUCAAAUAAAUAAAUCAUUGUCAUUCUUUUAA